AUGAUGGCGCGUCGGAGCAUGUGUUGGCUUCUCUGCCUCAUGGCAGAUGGGGUUGAUGCAUGGAGCUGGAACAAGUUCGACACUUGCGCCACGUUGUCGAACUUUUUGGAAGGUCGGACGGAAUCUUUCAGAACCAUGGGUGCGGUUGCAGGCAUGGGCAACAUUGAUGUGGAGACAGGUGGUACCUUCGAUCCUCAGCAACCGGCAGGCGGCACAGGGCAUGGCCUGUUUCAAUUGGAUGGCAUGCUGCUGGAUGUGUAUUUGGUUGAAAGCUGA